AUGCAAUUAUUUCUUUCUACUACUAAUAUAGUUGUUGAUUCAUUUGAUGAGGAGGUAACUAUUAUUGGCCAGAAUCAACAAAUGGAAAACAAUAUUGGAAAUUACUUAAACACCCUUUUGGUAGAAGAAUAUGAUGCUAAUAAUAGUAACAACAAUCAUAGUACUUAUACUACUAUUUCUACUACUUCAACUCAUCAUGAUCAAAAUUCUUUUGACCAUUAUUAUUCCAACAUGAAUAAUAAUAAUAAUAAUAUUCAGUUUCCUUGUUUUCCAACACAAACAACAGAUCUCCUUAACCUUUUCCAUUUUCCAACAAGUCCUAAGAACUCUUCUAUCUCCUUUGAAAACCACAACAACAUAAUAACAUGUCUUCCAAACCCUAGUAGCAGUAGUAGCAACAUCAUUGUGGGACAAGAAAGUUCAAAUUUUUCCAAUGUUUUCAAUGACCCAUUAUUGCAUUUGAACCUUCAAGCACCUCCUCUGCCUCAUCAAUCAUCAUCAAUGAGGGAGUUGUUUCAUCAUCAUGGCUACUACAACAUGGUACCAACAACAACAACAACAACAUCAAGAAGUGAUUUUUUGUUUGGAUUAGGGGAAAAUAACAACAACAACAAUAAUAAUAAUGACAUUAUUGUUGAAUUAGAAAAUGGUGGUUAUGGGAGAGAUGUUCUUGAAAAUGGGGUGCUAGAAGAGUUCACUAAUCAUCAUCAAGAAGUGGCUAAUAAGAAGAGAGGAGGAAAAAGGAGCAAUAACAACAAUAAUAAGCAAUUUAGUAGUACUAACACUGAGAGACAAAGGAGAGUGGAUUUGGGUGGCAAAUUUGAUGCUUUGAAAGAACUCAUACCAAGCUCCACCAAGAAUGAUAGAGCAUCAGUGGUAGGAGAUGCUAUUGACUACAUCAAAGAGCUUCUAAGAACAGUGAAUGAACUCAAAUCAUUGGUGGAGAAAAAGAGGUAUGAAAAACAAAGGGUGAAGAAGAAGCUCAAAAUUGAAGAUGAAGAAGAAGAAAAAGAAGAUGAUGAGAAUAAUUCAUCAUCAUAUAGUGAGAGCCUAACAAGGAGUUCUUGGAUACAAAGAAAAUCAAAAGAAAGUGAGGUUGAUGUGAGAAUCAUUGACAAUGAGGUAACAAUAAAGAUUGUUCAAAGGAAGAGGGUCAAUGACAAUAAUUGCAUAUUAGUUUAUGCUUCAAAGGUUCUUGAUGAACUUAAACUUGAUCUUCAACAUGUUGGUGGUGGCCACAUUGGUGAUUUCUGCAGCUUUCUCUUCAAUAGCAAGAUAUGUGAAGGUUCAUCGGUAUAUGCUAGUGCCAUAGCUAACAAGCUUAUUGAGGUCAUGGACAGAAGUUUGUCACCAAUAUGA